AUGAAGUUGAACGUCAAGAACAUCCGCUACCUGGCUUCCGACGACUGGCGCGUCCUGAUUGCGACUGAGCAGGGCAGCCGGAAUCAUGAGGUUGUUCCGACGCCUUUAAUCACUCAAAUUGCUGCUCUCCGCUCCGGCAAUGGUGCGCACAAAUGCAUCUCUAACCUCGCCAAGAUCGGAUUGAUCGCAAAAGUGAAGAACGCAAAAUAUGAUGGCUACCGCCUCACAUAUGGUGGGCUCGACUACCUGGCGCUGCAUUCCCACACAAAAUCCUCGACCGUCUACUCGGUCGGCAAUCAAAUUGGUGUAGGCAAAGAGUCGGAUAUCUUCGUUUGCGCUUCCGAGACUGGGAAGCAACAGGUCUUGAAAAUCCACCGUCUGGGCCGCAUAUCCUUCCGCACCGUCAAGGCCAACCGUGAUUACCUUCGGAACCGCUCUUCGGCAUCCUGGAUGUAUAUGUCGCGCCUGGCUGCUGUCAAGGAGUUUGAGUUCAUGAAGGCGCUCCGUCGAGAAGGAUUUCCUGUUCCUGAACCCAUCGGCCAGAACCGCCACACGGUCAUUAUGAGUCUUAUUGAUGCUUUUCCCAUGCGCCAAAUCUCCACCGUUGGCGAUCCAGCUGCAUUAUACGCCGAGCUGCUGUCGCUCAUUGUUCGCUUGGCCCAGUUCGGCCUCAUCCACGGAGACUUCAACGAGUUCAACAUUCUUGUCCAAGAGAAACCCAACGAAGACGGUAGUGUCGCGCUGAUCCCAACCGUUAUCGACUUUCCUCAAAUGGUCUCCAUCUCACACUCCAAUGCCGAGUACUAUUUCGAUCGUGAUGUUGCCUGCAUCAAGCGCUUCUUCGACCGCCGUUUUGGUUUCACGAGUGACGAGCCGGGACCUUUCUUCAAGGAUUCUACCAAGAAACUCACGAAACGAUUGGAUGUUGAAGUUGAAGCCAGUGGUUUCAGCAAAAAAAUGGCCAAGGAACUUGAUGCAUACAUGAAAGAACACGGCAUAGACGGGGACGCCGGUGGUGUGAAUCAAGACGAGGAGGAAGACGAAGAUGAUGAGCAGACUGUAGGGGAAGCUGAUGACUCAGAAAUAGGCGGAGAGAGUAUAGCUGCAGCAGAUGCACAGUUGGAUCAUCAACUUGAAGAAACGGAGGUAUCGCCAGCAGUUCUUGCUCCCCAGAUGACGAUUCUAGAUAUCAGAGACAACGACCCACUUCCAGACCUCAGCGAGAUGAAAGCUGCAGCAACGGCGGCGGCAACACCGCAGAUCAGCACCAGGGCGGCCAAAGCCAAAGCUGGUUGGGCUAUUUGA